AUGCGGAUAACUUUUUGCACCGAUCUUGACAAAAGUGUCGUUGUGGCAAAUUGUGAAAAACGCGGGUGGAUACAAGUGGGCCCCGAAGAUGACUGGAAUAUUUACUGGGCGGGGACUCAGACUUGUAGGAGCUUGUUUAGUGUGGAUAGCGGCUAUCGGAUGCACGAUAAUCAACUAAUCAACCAUUUUCCGAACCAUUACGAAAUCUCCCGCAAAGAUUUGCUCGUGAAAAAUAUAAAGAGAUACCGUCGCGACUUGGAGAAAGAAGGCAAUGUUUUGGCCGAGCGCGGAGACUCCAAAUACCUCCACCUUGACUUCAUUCCAGUUACUUUCGUCCUCCCAGCCGACUACAACAUGUUCGUGGAGGAGUACCGAAAGGCGCCCCAGAGCACCUGGAUCAUGAAGCCUUGUGGCCGCUCCCAAGGCUCCGGCAUUUUCCUCAUCAACAAACUGUCGAAGCUGAAACGGUGGUCACGCGAGGCGAAGAGCCCCUUUCAGCAACAACUCACCAAAGAGAGUUACGUCAUAUCCAAAUACAUCGACAACCCUCUCCUCAUCGGGGGCAAAAAAUUCGACUUGCGUCUCUACGUCCUGGUCACGUCCUUCCGGCCCUUGAAGGCCUACCAAUUCCGGUUGGGUUUCUGCCGAUUUUGCACCGUCAAAUACGACUCGAGUGUGGCCGAGCUCGACAACAUGUACGUCCAUUUGACUAAUGUGUCUGUGCAAAAACAUGGGGGUGAGUACAACUCGCUACACGGUGGCAAGUUGAGUGUCCAAAACUUGCGCCUCCACCUAGAAAGUACAAGAGGAAAACAAGUGACUGAGCGCCUUUUUGACCAAAUCAGUUGGCUGAUUAUUCACUCGUUGAAAGCCGUGGCUCCGGUUAUUGCCACCGACCGCCACUGUUUCGAAUGUUACGGCUACGACAUCAUCAUUGAUAACAAACUAAAACCAUGGCUUAUCGAAGUCAAUGCGUCCCCAUCGCUGACUUCAACCACCGCAAAUGACCGGAUUUUGAAACACAAACUCAUGGAUAAUAUCUUCUCGAUUGUGGUGCCUCCAUCAGGGCUGCCCGACGUCCGGUGGAACAAAAUCCCCAGUCAAGAGGCCUUAGGCGACUUCGAGUUGCUCAUCGACGAAGACCUGAUCAACCUUCACGAAACUGAGAAUAACAGUUACUUAUUAAAGAACAAUAGGUGGAAGUAAAGAUGUUUUUGUGUUAAAUAAAUAUACAUUUAUUAUAAAUUUUUAGGUUACACUUUUUAACAUUAACAUGAAUUUAAUAACAUAAAAAAGUAAGUGGUACGUUGUCAAUCAUUCUAUUUGGAUGAUUCGCAACGUAUACACUUACUUUACGUAUUAGAAUUGGGAUUGGUUAACAGACAUAGAUCAAAAUUACAACAACUAUUUUACACAGGGUGUCCGUGAUGAGAUUUUUUGGGUCAAUUACCAAAAAACUCUCACUUGGGACUUCCUGUGAGUCAGACUGGAGAGAUCACUGCUGGUUUGAGGCCCAAUUAGGCCAAGAAAGAAAAAACCACUUAAUGAAAACCCAAAUACAAACCUUCGAGACUAGUUGGUAGUAGAAAAAAACCGCCGAAAAUAUUUGAUUCUGUCCUAUUUCUAAGUUAAGUCUCUCCAGUGAAGAAAGGCACGUGAUAGAGUGACUUAUCUCAACUAAACUCGUCUAGACAGUGAUUGUAAUAAUUUGACACAGUUUUGAUUACCCCACAAAAAUCGGCUCGUUUGGCACGACACAGAAAGCUAAAUCCCAUUUGAAACGAGACAAGACUUACAAGCUAGAAAAGCACACAUUUUGGCUCCUACAUCCCGUCGGGUUUGGGGAUGUUGGUGUCGUAGGCUCUGAUGACGGCCGUUUGGGACACGGCGCCGCCUUCUUCUUGCGAAAACGCAAAUCCAUCUAGUGAAAACAGAGAUUAGGUUUGGGGCGAAGCUAGUGCGGGGGUAGAUUAAUGCGAGUGAGUUAGAAGCCGCGUGAAGGUGAUACUCACGUGACAGCUCGACUUCGAGGUCGAUCCUGGGGGUGCGUCUCGAAAACACGUUCUUCAGCAAACGGGCAGUCUCGGAAAGUCUGGAACCAUUUCAACUAACGCUUCUGGCCUACUUACAGCGACUGCAUGCUAAUGUUAGUGGAAGCGAGUGCGGUUACGUGCUCAACGAUCUAACACACAUGCGAGGUACUUACAUAUCGCGAUUUGCUCCAGUGCAUGCAUUGUUCUUGCAACAGACAACCAAUUAAUCAAUGGCGCAUAAAAACACAACAAAUUAAUAACACAUUUAUUUCAAGUUUUUACAACAAAAAUGUCUAGUAUCAAAAAUAAAAUCCAUUGUGCGCUUUAUGUACGUCUCUUUUUUUGAACAAUUCCAAACUAGUUAAUUCUUGGAUGAAGUUAGAUGAUCCAUGCAUGAAUUAUGCUUGAAGGGGUUCACCCGGAGUCACAGAGUUCGGUUUCCAUCUGACACCAGUAACCGUUCUGCCAUAAAAAGAAAACUAUUUCUAACUAAUUACCCAAUUAGAUCACACCACAAAACAGUUGUAAUUGUUCAAAAAAAAAACCCAAGUGCUUAGCGUGCACAAAAGAACAACAAAAGGAAACAAACCCGCGAGAAGAUGGCAACACGUGCAGAGUAAAGCCCUCUAGAUACUUACGAAUUUUUUGGCUCGCCCCGGUAUACGUCAGUUCCGGUUUUCCGGAUUUCGCCUUCCCGAACUGCGUCGGUUAGUGACUUGAAAAUUGUUCCUUGGACACUGGAAAAAAUUAUUAUGUAGCUCGGGAGAUGACAAAUUGGGACAGGUUUACAUGGGACAAGGACACCACUUCUUGGACUUGAAAACGGAGUAAGGGCAACUACAAAGGGUCAUCUAACACCACAAAUAUCACAAUUUUCGUACUUACACUUUUACAAGAAAGUCCGGAAUGAUGGCAAUUAUCGGUAUGAGGAACAUCCCUAACCAAAAUACGGCAGUGCUGAAUAACAUUAAGUACAUCCCUGCCAUAACACUCCCAAAUGGUAUAGUCGGCCAAAACAAACUAUAUAUUACGACAAAAAGAAACCAGAGUAGGAUCGACCCCCAGAUGGCGCAAUGUGUCAACCAAGUCCACGAAUUCGUAACCAAACCGGCUUUCAAACACACGGUUAUAACCACAUACUACAAAAACCAAUUAACUGUUGUCAAGCUAGCUCGAAGUGACUUACAGUGUAAACAAUGUUGCCCACGACUAGAUAGCCCCCAUCUUGCCCCGACAUCCAUAAAAUAUCAUGGUUGCAAACCAAUAACGGUAACCAAAACAAGAUCGCUGAAUGUAUCAUCCCAUUAACCACCCACAACCAGAAAACUUUAACGUUGAAAAGUUGGCCAUUCUGCGACGGUUUGUACAAUUUCGGAUGCGUCAUCAUAACUUCAUCGCUACACGCCUUAUCAAACAGCCCCAUCGCCAACGGGGGCAAAGCCGUAAACAGAACAUUAUACAACCCGAUUGACCACCGUUCGAACAAAAUCUGCCCAGACCAGCCGGAAUAAAUCGCAAACCAUAACUCGAUCACAUAUAAACAAAUAUUUUUAUAGAAACUGUACAAAAUCAACUUGCACAUUCGCGAGUAAUUCCACGCGCCGUGCACUAAUAACAAACGUAACAAAAACCGAAAUUGUGCUAUACUGUAAUCGGAGGCGCAAGCGGCUUGGAGCCCCUCCGCCCCCGAUAUGCCCACCCCCACGUGUGCUUUCUGGAUCAUGGCCACGUCGUUCGCCCCAUCGCCGAUAGCGAGAGUAACCGUUUUCGUGAAUUUAGUAACGUAUUCAACGACUUCCGCUUUUUGCAUCGGAGACACUCGACAACAAAUCACCACUUUGCAUGAGAUGCAGAGCUGGAGGAAGUCGGUGCGUAGCUCGCAACUGAGGGCGUAUUUCAGGGUCUUCCCGUCGAUUAUGAGCGCGAUUUCGUUUUGUCGCUGGAGGUUCUCGCCCAGUUCGGCGUUGUGCCGCAAAAUCGACUCACGAGUGCUCUAGAAAAAAUAAGAGGAAUUCCAUGCCAAAAAGAUCACUUUUAAUCUCAUUGUUUCCGAUUUUCGUAAAUUUCAGAUUCACCGUGAUUUUUUAUGUUUUAAAAAUAAAUGUCAAGUUAU